AUGGAGUUACUGCCUGUUUUCGGCAACGAAGCGCCACAACAGUCGACAAUUUACCGUUGGUAUGGAGAUUUAAAACGUGGACGGGUGAGUCUUAGCGACGAUUCCAGGGUGGAUGUACCAAAAACGGCAGUCACCCAGGAAAACGUCGAUGCUGUGCGCAAACUCAUUAUUGAAGAUAGACAUGUGACAUAUCGCGAGAUUGAGGCGUCCUUGAAGAUCUCAAAGACCUCAAUUCAAAAAAUUUUACAUGAAGAAUUAGGAGUAAGAAAAUUAGUUUCUCUGUUGACUGAAGAGCAGAAAGCAGCCAGGGUUAAUUGGUGUCAAAAAACGCUUGACCGUUUCAAUUCCGGAAACUCAAAAAAUGUGUACAGCAUUUCGGCUGUUUGGGUGUUCCAAGGUGAAGAAAAGCCAACAAAAGUCAUCCGUUCUCGCAGUGUUUCGAAAAAUAUGGUCGCGACAUUUGUGUCAAAAGCGGGUCAUAUUGCAAGAAUUCCUAUUAAUGAGCAAAGCACUGUUACUGCGGAUUGGUAUACCACCAUUCAUUUGCCAAAAGUCAUCACCGAGCUUCGAAAAAUCAACCCCGAAAGAAGAAUCAUCCUCCACCAAGACAACGCAAGCUCGCACACAGCCCAAAAAACAAGGCAGUAUUUAACGGAAGAAAACGUGGAAUUAUUGGACCAUCCUCCAUAUAGUCCCGAUCUAAGUCCUAAAGAUUUCUUUACUUUCCCGAAACAGACUGCGUGGUCAAAGGUUCCAUGGAAUAAGUGCUUCGAAAAUUGGUUCGAGCGCAUGAUAUGUCGUGUCGUGUCUUCGUGGAGAAUACUUCGAAAAACAAUAAAUUCAUUUAACACUACCUACCGUGUUGUUUUAUUUCCAUAUGCAAAACUUAAAAGACAUCCCUCGUAUAAGAAACUGAUCCGUAGUAAUGAAGAAUGUAAGUGA